GGGGCGGCCCGGCGCGGCUGCGGCGCCGCCCGAGAGCAGCGAGCGCGGCCCCGCAGCGGCCUCGCCAUGAGCAGCGGCGGCGGCGCCGGCCCCUCCCGCGCCCGCACCGGCUCCUUCGCCGACGCCGCGCCCGGCCCCGCCCCGCCGCCGCCCGCCGCCGCCACCGCCGCGCAGACCGGCGCCAAGGCCGGGCCCGCGCCGGGCACCGGGGCCUUCCCGCCGGGCGUCAAGCUGGGCCGCGAGGGGGGGCCGGUGAGCACGGUGGUGGCCACCCCCGGGCAGGGCCCCGAGCGGCCGCAGGAGGUUUCGUACUGCGACAUCAAGGUGAUCGGCAACGGCUCCUUCGGCGUCGUCUACCAGGCGCGCCUGGCCGCCUCGGGCGAGCUGGUGGCCAUCAAGAAGGUGCUGCAGGACAAGCGCUUCAAGAACCGCGAGCUGCAGAUCAUGCGCAAGCUGGACCACUGCAACAUCGUGCGUCUGCGCUACUUCUUCUACUCCACCGGCGACAAGAAGGACGAGGUCUACCUCAACCUGGUGCUGGACUUCGUGCCCGAGACGGUGUACCGCGUGGCGCGGCACUUCUCCAAGGCCAAGCAGACCAUCCCCGUCUUCUACGUCAAGGUCUACAUGUACCAGCUGUUCCGGAGCUUGGCCUACAUCCACUCGCAGGGCGUCUGCCACCGCGACAUCAAGCCGCAGAACCUGCUCGUGGACCCCGACACCGCCGUGCUCAAGCUCUGCGACUUCGGCAGCGCCAAGCAGCUGGUGCGGGGGGAGCCCAACGUCUCCUACAUCUGCUCCCGCUACUACCGGGCCCCCGAGCUCAUCUUCGGCGCCACCGACUACACCUCCAACAUAGACAUCUGGUCGGCGGGCUGCGUGCUGGCCGAGCUGCUGCUGGGGCAGCCCAUCUUCCCCGGCGACAGCGGCGUCGACCAGCUGGUGGAGAUCAUCAAGGUGCUGGGGACGCCGACGCGGGAGCAGAUCCGGGAGAUGAACCCCAACUACACCGAGUUCAAGUUCCCGCAGAUCAAGGCGCAUCCCUGGGCCAAGGUGUUCAAGGCGCGGACCCCCGAGGCGGUGGCGCUGUGCGGGCGGCUGCUGGAGUACCGGCCACAGAGCCGCCUGGGCCCCCUCGAGGCCUGCGCCGACCCCUUCUUCGACGAGCUGCGCCUGCCCGCCGCCCGCCUGCCCAGCGGCCGCGACCUGCCCCCCCUCUUCAACUUCAGCCCCGGCGAGCUGGGCAUCCAGCCCUCCCUCAACAGCACCCUGGUGCCCCCCCACCUGCGGGGCUGCGCCCCCCCCGGGGCCCCCCACGCGGAGGGGCGCCCGGGGGCCGAGCGGAGCCAGGCGCCGCCGGGAGACGCCGCGGGACCCAUCGCCGGCCCCUCCUGAGGCCCGGGGGGGCCCCCGACCCCCCCCCCCGCCCGCCGCAGCCCCCCCGCCGGCCCUGGCUGAACUGUGAACCAUGGGGGGGGGGGUGGAAUCCCCCGUGUGUCCCCCCCCCCCCCAGGGACGCCGCGGCAGGGGGGGGCUGGAGGACCCCGACGGGGGCUCCCCCCCCUCCCCCCCAUUUUAAGUCGUUUCUGGUUUUAACACUGCCCCCGGGGGGGGGGUCCGCUCCCCCCCCCCCCCCCCACGGCGCCAGGCUGGGGGGGGCUCAGGGCCUCCCCCCCCACGUGCCCCCCCCCCAAGCUGCCUGUGGGGCAGUGCCCCCCCCAAGGGCACGCGCAGGGUGGUCUUUUUAUCCCCCCCCUUGUAAAUACCCCUCCCCCCCCCGUUUUAUCAAUCGCUCUGUAAAUAGGUUGAUUUGAGGAUUCUUUUUUUCUUUUUUCUUCUCUUUUUAAACCCCCCCCUGCUGCCGGAGCAGAGCCUGGCGCCCCCCCCCUUCCCCCCCCCACAGCGGGGGGGCAGCCCCUGACCCCCCCCCCCCAACCCCCCCUCCUCGCGUUCGGUUCCUCCUCAGCCCCCCGGCUGUGUACAGAGCCCCGUUCAAUAAAUUAUUGGCAUGGAAAA